UUCAAUCAUCUCCAGAAUGGAAUAAACAAUUAGGUAGUUUCGAUUCGAUGCUGCUCAGCUCAUGUCUUCUUACACCAUCAAAGAAACAAUGGCGACUAAAGAUGAAGUCCAGAACGACCCACUGUUGCAGGCAUCAGAAAGUGACGGUCACGAAGAGUUCAACGGAGCUUCUUUCACCGGAGCGGUACUCAACCUGGCAACAGCGAUCAUCGGUGCUGGUAUCAUGGCUUUGCCCGCCACGAUGAAGAUCCUCGGACUUGUUCCCGGAAUCGUGAUGAUCCUUCUCAUGGCUUUCUUGACCGACAAGACUAUUGACUUCUUGCUUAGUUUUAGCGGAGUCGGGAACGCUAGAAGAUCGUACGGUGGUUUGAUGGAAGAUUCUUUCGGCAAAACCGGAAGGAUUGUGUUGCAAGUUGCUGUUCUUGUUACCAACAUUGGGGUUUUGAUCGUUUACAUGAUCAUCAUUGGUGAUGUUUUGGAGGGUAUGCUUGAAGGAUGGUUUGGAGAAAGCUGGUGGGACAAGAGAAGUAUUGUUCUUCUCUUUACAACUCUUUGUGUCUUUGCUCCAUUGGCAUCCUUCAAGCGCAUUGAUACUUUGAGAUUCACGUCUGCCCUAUCACUUGUUCUAGCGGUUGUUUUUCUAGUCAUCACUGCGGGAAUCGUCGUUACAAAGUUUUACAGAGGUGGUUUGAUGAAGCCAAGACUCUUCCCAAACGUCACUGACUUGUCAUCGGUCUGGAAACUCUUCACCGUUGUUCCUGUGCUUGUCAACGCAUACAUUUGUCAUUCUAACGUCCACAAUAUACAGAACGAGCUUGAAGACUCCAUUCAGAUCAAAGCUGUUGUGCGUUCAGCUCUAGUGAUGUCCUCCUCUGUUUACGUAAUGACAAGCUUGUUCGGAUACCUCUUGUUUGGUGAAUCUACUCUUGAUGAUGUUCUUGCAAACUUUGAUACCGAUCUUAAGAUCCCUUUCGGUCCGGUUCUCAGUGAGGCAGUCAGACUCAGCUAUGCAGCUCAUCUCAUGCUUGUGUUCCCUGUUAUCUUCUAUCCUUUGCGCGUUAACCUGGACGGUCUCUUGUUCCCUACGGCUACUCCAUCACUUACUACCUCUAAUAUGAGGUUUGGCUCCAUCACUGCCGGUCUCAUUGCUGUAAUCUUUGUUGGUGCAAACUUCAUUCCAAGCAUCUGGGAUGCUUUCCAACUCACUGGAGCUACAACUUCUGUCUGCAUCGGUUUCAUAUUCCCUGCUGCUGUCAUCUUGAAGGAUCGUCAUAACCGAGCAACAAAGAUGGACAAGACUAUAGCCAUUUUCGUGAUUGUCCUUGCGGUUUUCUCCAGUGCAGUUGCCAUUUACAGUGACGCUUACGCCUUAGUCAAGAAGAACAAAUCCACAUUUCCAAUGUGAGCAGAAUGGU